AAGAGAACUAGAAGAUUAUUACAUUCUAAAUUGAGGCUGCUUAAUGUUUAAAUCCACUUGUUUAGUCCAGUUCACAGAAGAGUGAAGUAGAUUUGCAAAACCCUCACUGACUACCGUAGAGAGAAAGAGAAAGAGAGAGAGAGAGAGAAACUCCAUGUUCAAAGUCGAUUAUCUCACGUCAACAAUUCUACACAACUUCUGUAUGUGUAUCGGAAGGUCACCCGUACACGAUAGCUCGGCUUGCUAGAAAUAGCAACCCAAUCGCCUUCAAAUCACGCACGAACUGUUCAACCUGGGAUCACCUGCGACUAAACAACAACUGUAUAGUUCUCUAAGGACGGGAACAUGGACACUCGGAAGACAGAUGUGGCCAUCAUUGGAGCUGGACUCUCUGGACUGUCCGCAGCUUACUACCUGGCCAAAACAGACAAAUCUAUCCGUCUGACACUUCUAGAAGCUAAAGAUCGAGUUGGAGGUCGAACUUACAGUAUACCAAUGAAAGUAUCAGGUGGCCAAGAAGAUAAUUUUGAUCUUGGGGGAGAGUGGGUAGGUAGGCCACAGCCCCAUCUCCAUUACAUGCUGCGCCAGUUUGAAAGAGAAACAUUCAAUCCACAAAUAAAUUCCACAGGUCCAAAUGAAAAUUUACCUCCAAUGUCAUUUUUCACUAAGCUUGAUCUAUUAUUAUUCAUUCUCAAGUUAAGAUAUCUGAGAAAUAAAUUCCAAAGAGAGGAAGAAUUGAAGAAUUUAGUGGAAGCUCAAGAGAGUGAUGGCAUUACAUUUCACAAAUAUAUGAAAGCAAAUCUAUGGACAAAAGGAGCAAAACCAUUUAUUAUAGCUGCUGUCAAGUCCCUGUUUGGUUACAUGCCCAAAGAAAUCUCACUACUCUAUUUCCUCAUGUACAUCAAUGCAGCUGGGAAUUUAGGAAUAUUCCUCAACCCAGCAGAAUACAAUGGUCAGGAAUUUAGGGUAAAGGGAGGAAUUUACCAAUUAUCAAAGAUGUUAAAAAAGUAUAUUGGAAAAAAGAAUGUUGUCUUAAACUGUCCAGUGACUCACAUAAUCCAGUCUUCCAAAGAAAAAGUCAUGAUUGUCACAGAGAAACGUUUACAAGUGAAUUGCAGUCGAGUUAUCUUAGCAAUUCCUCCUCACCUUUCAGCUAAAAUCCACUUUAGCCCUGAUUUACCAUCCACUAAACUAACUGUUCUAAAGAAUGUGCCACUUGCUUUUAUCAUCAAGUUUUGUAUCACUUAUGAAGAGGCUUUCUGGAGCAAAAAUUCUACAGAUAAAUCAAGAUAUGGUUUCCAAAGUAUAAUGGAAGAAGCAGAACAUGGUGCCAUUGGAGUUGUGUAUGAUGGAACUUCGGCGAAAGGCUACCCGGCAUUAGUUGGAUUUGUUUCAGUUAAUCGAGGAACUGUGGGAGAAGAGAAGAACCCAGAAGACAGACAAGUUAUCUUAUUGAAUAUUUUAGAGACUUACUUGGGACAAAAUGUACGAGAUUUCCUUGAAUUUCAACAGAAGGACUGGUCAACUGAACCAUACAAUGGAGGCUGCUUCCUCAAAUACCUUGUGCCAGGAUCAACACGAUAUUUUAAUCAAGAAUUACGAGAACCAUUUGAUAGAGUACAUUUUGCUGGAAGUGAAGCAGCAACAGUUUGGUGUGGUUUCAUGAAUGGUGCCAUUCAAUCAGGAUUUAGGGCUGCAAGAGAGGUUCUCCAGAAUCUCAGACCAAAUCUAUUAACAGAUGACAUUGAAAAAGAGGUUUGCAGAUAUCAUAGUCAAACUCCAUCAAAAUGUUGGUCCAAAAGCUGGAUUGCUGCUGGAAUUGGUAUCGGAUGUUUCACAGCAAUAUAUAUGAUGACUCAAAGGAAACAUAUACAACCUACUUUAAUAUUUAUAUAACUUGAAGCAUUUUAUUAAUCUUGGCUAAAACAAUGCAACACACUUUUAACUGUAUCACUAUUAAACAUAAAAAGAGGAAAGAUGGUGGAUGACACAACAGUAGCACAUUGGCGAAAAUGCCUGGUGGUGUUUAUUUAAAUCUCUUCACAUAUGAACUUCUAA